ACUCUGCAUGCCACGCUCAUCAAAGUCUUUUCUUUUCAACUAUCACUGAAAUGUUUGCCAAAAAACUAAUGUGUUUUAUAUUUUUAUAUCAUUCGUUUGCAUAUAAUUGCCUUUUUGGUGUAAACUGUUUUCAUAAUAACCAUAGAAUUAAUGUUUUAUCUAAUGAUCAUUUCCCCUUGCUCUGUCCUAUAAACAUAGGACCUCCUCUGCUUUCAAAUUCAAAACCAUUUUCCUUGGAGCCAAUGUUUUUUUUAUCCACCAUGAAAACAUGCUGCAUCUUCUUCCUCUACUUGGCGAUUCUCCAACACUCUUUCUACUUCUCUGUUUCAUCAUCACCUCUUUUUCUUCCUCUCUCUCACUCUCUCUCAACCUCCAAACACUCUUUAUCUCCUCUCCACCUCCUCAAAUCAUCCUCCUCCCGCUCCUCCGCACGCUUCCGCCGCCACCACAACCACCACCAUAAACACCAAAAACAACUUCCUCUCCCUCUCUCUUCCGGCAGCGAUUACCUCCUCUCCCUCUCCGUCGGCUCCUCCUCCUCCUCCUCCGCCGUCUCCUUCUACUUAGACACCGGAAGCGAUCUCGUCUGGUUCCCUUGCCGUCCUUUCACUUGCAUCCUCUGCGAAUCCAAACCACCUCCUUCCCUCUCCUCUCUCCCCUCCUCCGCCACCACCGUAUCCUGCUCCUCCCCUUCUUGCUCCGCCGCACACUCUUCCCUUCCCUCCUCCGACCUCUGCGCCAUCUCCGGCUGUCCGCUCGACUUAAUCGAAACCGGAGAAUGCAACAAUUCUUCCUACCCUUGCCCGCCUUUCUACUACGCUUACGGUGACGGCUCUCUAGUAGCACGGCUUUUCUCCGACUCAAUCUCUCUCCCUCCUGCCUCCGUCGCUAAUUUCACCUUCGGCUGCGCACACACCACUCUCGCCGAACCAAUCGGCGUCGCUGGAUUCGGCCGUGGACGCCUCUCUGUUCCCGCUCAGCUCGCUGCUUACUCCCCACACCUCGGUAACAGCUUCUCUUACUGCCUCGUCUCUCACUCGUUCGACUCCGACCGUCUCCGCCGCCCGAGUCCACUCAUCCUCGGCCGCUUCGCCGAAGAAAAAGAGAAACGUGUCGGAACAGAGGACGGCGAUGAUGAGAAGAAGAAGAAGAUCGAAUUCAUCUACACGGAGUUGCUUGACAAUCCAAAGCAUCCCUACUUCUACUCUGUUUCCCUCCAAGGAAUCUCCGUCGGAAAACGGAAUAUUCCUGCUCCGGCGAUGCUUAGACGAGUGGAUAGAUUCGGUGGCGGAGGAAUUGUCGUCGAUUCAGGGACGACGUUCACGAUGCUUCCGGCGAAAUUCUACAACUCGGUGGUGGAGGAAUUCGAUAGCCGGGUCGGGCGGGUUCACGAGCGGGCUGAUUUGCUCGAACCGAGUUCCGGUAUGAGUCCUUGUUACUAUUUGAAUCAGACGGUUAGAGUUCCAGCUAUCGUUUUGCAUUUUGCCGGGAAUGGAUCCAGUGUUACGCUUCCCAGGAGAAAUUACUUUUAUGAGUUUAUGGACGGUGGAGAUGGUAAGAGAGAGAAGAGGAGAGUCGGAUGUUUGAUGCUGAUGAACGGUGGAGAUGAAUCGGAGCUUCGAGGUGGGACCGGGGCGAUUCUGGGGAAUUACCAGCAACAAGGGUUCGAGGUGGUGUAUGAUUUGUUGAACCGAAAGGUCGGGUUCGCCAAGAGGAAAUGCGCAUCUUAUUGGGAUACACUCAACCAGGGCUAACAUGCGCCUAAUCCAAAAUCUUAGCUUGAAUCUUUAAAAUAAGCCCGUUCUUGGUUCGACCUUUAAACCGGAUGGGUCUUAUCGAACGUUAAAUAGAUGUAGCCUUAAUAAUUCGAUGAAACCAUCCUCUAAAAGUAAAUACAGAAGGGUAUGUAAUCGAGCGGGUUCGUAACGUUGUCGAUAUAGUUUUUUAUUUAUUAAAUCAAUAUGAAA